CUCGCUCGCUCGCUCGCGCUCUCCCUGGAUUCUCUCUAAUGGCGAUAAUCUCAGGAAUCCAAACCCUAAAACUCUCUCCUUCUCUAUACAAACCCCGAUCCUUUCUCUUCCCCAUCAAAACCCUAACCCUAACCCUAAUCCCAUCCCUUAAACCUCGUCCUCCUUCCCUUUGCAGAGCAUUCUCGCCCCGAGCUGUUCAGAUCGCCGACCCUUCAGUAAAGGAAGAGAAAGGCGCGACCUUCGCUAAACCUCAGUGGAGAGCGGCCAUUGACUUCAAAUGGAUAAGGGAGAAUCGGGAUUUGGUCGCUGAGAACAUCAGGAACAGGAACUCGGCUGCGAAUUUGGAGCUCGUUCUGGAGAUUUACGAGAAGUUUCUCAAUCUUCAGAAGGAGGUUGAACGGCUCCGAGGAGAAAGAAAUGUGGUUGCUAAUAAAAUGAAAGGAAAAUUAGAGCAAUCUGCGCGUCAAGCUCUCGUCGAAGAAGGAAAGAAUUUGAAGGAGCAACUUGUUUCCUUAGAAGAAGAGCUCGCUGAACUCACUGAUGUGCUUCAAUUGGAAGGACAGUCCAUACCUAACAUUACGCAUCCAGAUGUUCCUGUUGGGGGCGAAGACAAUUCUGCAUUGAGAAAGAUGGUUGGCAGUCAGAGAGAAUUUAGCUUUGCUCUGAAAGAUCAUCUUCAACUUGGGAAAGAACUUGAUCUAUUUGAUUUUGAUGCAGCGGCAGAGGUAAGUGGUUCAAAGUUCUACUACCUAAAGAACGAUGCAGUGUUGUUAGAAAUGGCCCUUCUUAAUUGGGCAGUUUCAGAAGUUUCAAAAAGAGGCUUUACACCUUUGAGCCCACCGGAGAUUGUGAGGUCAUCUAUUGUUGAGAAGUGUGGUUUUCAACCGCGUGCACAAAAUACUCAGGUUUAUUCUAUUGAAGGCAGUGAUCAAUGCCUCAUUGGAACAUCAGAGGUUCCUGUUGCUGGCAUCCACAUGGAUUCAAUCCUUUCUGAAUCUACACUGCCUUUAAAGUAUGUAGCAGUCUCUCAUUGUUUUCGGACAGAAGCUGGUGCUGCAGGUACCGCCACAAGGGGUCUCUAUCGUGUACACCAGUUCAGCAAGGUUGAGAUGUUCAUCUUCUGUCGACCAGAAGAUAGUGACCGGUACCAUGAAGAACUUAUUGGAAUCGAGGAAGAUCUGUUUACAUCCCUCGGUCUUCAUUUCAAGACUUUGGAUAUGGCAACUGGUGAUUUGGGAGCACCUGCAUAUCGCAAGUUCGAUAUAGAGGCAUGGAUGCCAGGUCUCGGACGGUAUGGUGAGAUAUCUAGCGCGUCCAACUGUACAGAUUACCAGAGCAGGAGACUUGGCAUCCGAUACCGUCCAUCUCCAUCGGACCCAUCACCACGAUCUAACUCGAAAAAAGGCAAGGGCAGCAGCUCUUCUGCCACUCGCUUUGUUCAUACUCUUAACGCGACUGCCUGCGCUGUUCCUCGCAUGAUCGUGUGCUUGCUGGAAAAUUUCCAGCGAGAGGAUGGCUCAGUUCUCAUUCCUGAGCCCUUGAGGCCUUUCAUCGGGGCCCUUGAAGUUCUGUCUCCAAAGGGUCAGUGAUGAUGUUUUCUUUCAUCUUGCCUGUUUGAGCUUUACUAUAUGUUAUUCAUGUUGGAUACGGGGAGCUCUGUUAUUGUGGCAUUUGUUCAACUCAAUAUUUAUUUCAUUUUAUGACUAUCUUCAUGCAAUUUCUUUUAAAAAAAA